CUGGCAUGAAUCCCCUGCUGAACUAAUCCAGCCCCCCCUCCGUGAUUGGCCCGGCGCUGCCAGAACGGCACCUGAGAAUUCCAACAGCGCCCCCCGCUUUCUCCUCCGUCGCCAAUGCAAAUCUCCCACAGACUGCAAACCAAACCGCCUCGCAGCCAAGGACAAAAAGAGCCUGGACCCGGGUCCGAGAGUCGUCGCUCGCAACCGAGACUCAGCCCUACAGCCAUCUGCAGCCCCCGGGCCGAUGCGCUGAGAGCCGGUGUGCGUCGCCUGAGGAGAGACUCUGGCCAGCCGCGUGCAGGGUUUUGGCCCAGCGCCGUCAGCCUCCGCCAAUCAGUCUCUGCCAACGUCGCAGACGCCGGCACUCGCCCUCGCAUGAUCCGGUGAGCGCUGCUCCCAACACAGGCAGUGAAAAGACGGAGCCUCGCUGGCAUAUUGUGCACAAUGUCUGGCGAAGCGUCUGCCAGCUUCGCAGGCCCCGGCUCGGCCCCGCCGCCACCGCAGCCGCGCCCGAACGCCGCCGCCUCAGCAAGCCGGCCUCAGCAGCCGCCGCAGGCAUUUGACCCUUCGGCCGUGAAGCUCACCAGGGGCACCAGCUGCGUGCUCUGCCAGCAGCGCAAGGUGCGUUGCGACAAGAACAAGCCCUGCUCCAACUGCGUCAAGGCCGGCGCAGAGUGUCGCGUGGUGCCUCCCCAGCCGCCCCGGCGCCGCAAGAAGCGGCUGCAGGAGAAGGACCUGCUUGAGCGGCUGCGCAAGUACGAGGCCCUCUUGGCACAGAAUGGCGUCAAGUUCGAUGCCAUCGACCCUGACUACAGGGCUGAUGGCAAUGCCGGCGACGACGUGGACGAGCUGGAGAACGACUUUGAGAGUCUAAAGACUUCUGCCGAAGCAUCUGGCAAUGCUCCCAAUUCGACCGGUGCAGGCUCAUUUCGCCAGCCUGGAGCAUGGUUUUCGCUCCACAAAGAGUUUAGAGCGAGUGAGCAGAUGCUAAAAGACUCGUCCGAAGACGACGAGGAAUAUUCUCCCAACUAUGUCACCAACCAGUCCUUCAUCCACGCUGCCUUUGACAAGAUGUUUGCCAACCAGGACGGCUUCCCAUUCAUCAUUGGAGGUUCCACAGCCCCCGUCACCCACCUCCACCCUCCCUCCAUCCACAUACUGCAGCUUUGGCAAAUCUACAUUGACAACAUCAAUCCGCUAUUAAAAAUGACCCAUGUGCCUAGCAUUCAGAGCAAGAUCAUUGAGGCAACGUCCCGGCUUCACGAGGCCCCAAAGAAUCUCGAGGCCCUCAUGUUUGCCAUCUACGUAAUUUGCAUCAACUCUCUCGAGGAUGCCGAAGUCCAGAGAACCUUUGGUGAGACGAAGCAAGAGCUGUUGGCCAGGUUUUUUCCAGCACUACAGCAGGCUCUGGUCAAUGCCGGUUUUAUGCGCAUGCCCGACCCCUUGACUCUGCAGGCAUAUCUUUUAUAUCUAAUGGCUGUUCGGUGGUAUAUAGACCCGAGGCAGGUAUUCUGUAUGAUGGGCAUUGCCGUUCGCCUCGCCCAGCGGAUGGGUCUUCACCGAGACCCCGACGGCUACGGCCUAUCCCCCUUUGAAAUUGAGCAGAGGCGGCGCUUAUGGUGGACGCUUGUCUCUUACGAUCGGCGUGUGGGGGAGAUGACGGGUUCGACGGUGACUGCGCUCACUAGCGGCUGCGACUGCAAGAAACCUUUAAACGUCAAUGAUUCUGAUCUGCAUGUUGAUGGCAAAGAGCCUCCAACACCACACACGGGACCUACAGAGAUGCUUUUUGCUCUGACGCGCGUUGAGCUCUCCAUGGCCGUCGCAAGUAACAGUAACCGAGACAGCUUUAAGAUGUACCCCGAAAAGAAGGCCGACUCUUCCCAGCCCGCGAAGCCAAGCCCUGUCAUGAUUCGUCUUGCUGGCCAAGAUACUCCCGCAUACACUCUCGAGGGGUUCUGUGCUCAUAUCGAGGGCACGUACCUGGUUCACUGCGACCCCAAGAUCCCUCUCCAUUUCUUUACUCUGACCAUGACACGAGCGGCGCUCUGCAAGAUGCGAAUCAUCAAUUUCUUGGUUCGCAACCUCAAUAAUGAAUCGAUGCCGUUGAAGGAAAUGGAGCGUGACGCACUCAUCUUGGGAGCAAUUGAGAUGCUAGAAUACGAUAAUGUUGUCCAGUCUUCUCCGAGCCUUCAGCCGUACAGGUGGUACGCGAUGCAUUACUUUCCCUUCCCGGCAUACAUGUUCCUGGUCCAGGAGCUCCGCAAACGCAGUUCGGGGCCGUUGGUGGAGAGGGCAUGGGCGGCCAUUGAGCUGAAUUACGAGCUCAGAGGCCUUCUAAGCAACCUCCACAGCCCCAUGCACACAGCUUUUAGUGGUCAUUUUGUCAAAGCCUGGACAGCGCAUUGCGAGGCCCAGCGAGCGGCAGGAAAAGAAAUUCCCAUGCCACACUUCAUAUCCAAGCUUCAGGAGCGUGUCGAGACUCGACGAAAAGCACGCUUGGAGAACCGCCCAGACCCCGGUGAACAGCAAGCCCCGGUGGUGACCUUUCCUCGGCCGCGUACUCGCGAGGUGUCGUCAAACUCGCCAGACAACGCUGCCAUGAUGACUCCACCGGUAGACCAGACUGCCGGGUUUGGUGGCGCCCAUCCAGCCAUGGCGCCCUCCAGCUCAGCGUCUGGGGAAGACGACAUGGUUUGGUCAUUUCUCAUGUCGGGCUAUCAGGAUGCUGAUACGUUUCAAGGAUUUAGCACCCCCUACCACGCUGGUUUCGGCAAUGGUAUGGAGGGCUUGCGCAACAGUAGCGGUGGCGGACCGCCUCCGCACAUGGGGGGAUACGGCGGCCCCGGAGGACCGUCGGGGAACAUGUUUGGGAACUAGAUGAUAAGAGAGCAGCGCGCGCAAACGAUGGCUUCGACGGAUCAGUGUUAUUUGGGAGAAGAGAUGGAGGCAAGCAGGGAAGAGACUGAAAGAUAUACCCACCUCAUUUGUGUUUUGCGCACAUAUAUAUACAAAGUGUUGGAAGGAUUUUUUUUUUUCUUGUUUUUUUGGAUUAACGGUAAGCGAAUACAAACAGGCAAGGAAGAGACACGGAGGACAUCGUCACUCAGCAAGGGCUACGUUAUGACCCUAGAUAGUAAGAGUCUACUCUGUACAUAACAUUACCAUGUACCAGACUAGCACAAGUAGAGUAGAAACUAUAUACCACUCAUUUACAC